GGAAGCGUAGGUACGCGCGUGGAACAGACGUGUUCGUGCCAGUAGUCGCGAUAUAAAACUCGUGAGAUACGCUGGUAAACGACAAAUCGUACGUGGCUAUCCAAACGAGAACGCAGUUACAUCAACGCGCGUGUAUGAACUCGUGCGUCUGCAAUCCACCGGAACACGGAUCGUGUAUAACAUAGAAGAGAGAACCGGAUUCGUGGCAAUUCCUCGAAACGUGUCGUGCGCUCUUGUUCCAUCGUGCUUUCUCGCCGGGCCGUGCUUCGAAAACGCGUUAAACACGAAGCUUCUAGAGGGCCGCAGCUCGGGGUGCAACAGCGAAGGGAGGGCAAUGAAAACGUCGACGUUAUCCUCCAGUGACAUGAUCAAACAGGAGGUGAGCCAAGGCGAGCAUCGUACGCGAAGAAGAAUGGCUCGUGUAACGGAAGACGAGGCCGGUUUUCGUGUCGAUCGAUGGAAUUCCUUUAACGUAUAAGAGAUAUCUGCAAGGAGCUGAUCCUUUCCAACGAACAGCUCCAUAUGGUUAUGCAAAAGUUGGACGAUGAGAUGAACAAAGGCCUAUCGAAGGAAACGCACGAUCAGGCGGUUGUGAAAUGUUUCGCGACCUACGUCCAAGACCUUCCCGAUGGCAGUGAGAAGGGCCACUUUCUGGCCUUGGAUCUGGGAGGGACGAAUUUCAGGGUGCUCUUGAUCACCUUGGAUCACCAGAAUUUCGACAUGAAGAGCAAAAUCUACGCUAUACCACAGAGUCUCAUGUUAGGGACUGGCACACAGCUUUUCGAUCAUAUAGCUCAGUGUUUGGCAUUGUUCGUCAAGGAUCUGAACCUUCACAACGAGCGUCUACCUCUCGGUUUUACGUUCAGCUUCCCAUUGUCUCAACAAGGACUGACCAAAGGCUACCUAGUCAGGUGGACGAAGGGUUUUAACUGCAGCGGUGUAGUCGGCGAAGACGUGGUUGCUUUGCUCGAAAAGGCAAUCGAAAAAAGAAAAGACGUGAAAAUCGAGGUAUGCGCCAUUCUGAACGACACCACUGGUACUCUGAUGUCGUGUGCUUGGAAAAACAGGAAUUGUCGUAUCGGAUUGAUCGUCGGAACUGGUACCAACGCCUGUUACGUGGAGAAGACGUCGAACGUACAGUGCGCGAUUCCAGGAAACUUCUCGCAAGAGAAGCCACAUAUGCUGAUCAAUAUCGAAUGGGGUGCGUUCGGUGAGGGUGGUGUGCUCGAUUUUAUUCUAACGGAGUUCGAUCGCGCCAUCGACGAAAAUUCGAUCAAUCCGUCGAAACAGUUGUUUGAGAAGAUGAUCUCGGGCAUGUACAUGGGAGAAUUGACGAGGUUGGUUCUCGAGAAAGUGGUGAACGCCGGGCUACUGUUUGGUGGAAAGUGCCCCAGCGAUCUUAAGAAACGGGGCAAAUUCUUCACGAAAUACGUUUCAGAAAUCGAAAACGAUGCUAAAGGGAAAUACACGAACUGCCGCGAAGUACUAGCAGAAUUAGGAUUACGAAACGUAAGCGACCAGGAUUGUGAAAACGUUAGGUACGUUUGCUCUGUUGUGUCGAGGAGAGCAGCUCACCUGGCCAGCGCUGGAAUCGCCACGUUAUUGAACAAAAUGGGCGAAGACAGCGUAACAGUCGGAAUCGAUGGUUCGGUCUACAGAUUCCAUCCGUACUUCCACGAGCUUAUGACCGAGAAGAUAAGCCAGUUACAGAAUUAUAAGUUCGAUUUAAUGCUCUCGGAGGAUGGCAGCGGUCGUGGUGCGGCGCUGGUCGCCGCAGUGGCUGCCGGACACCGGUGAAGACAACGGCUGUGCCGCGUCUCCUCAAACUUAGAUUAAAUUAAGUUAUAUGCAGUAACGAUUCAAAUUUGACACACCAUUAAACAUAUACGUACACAGAAAAUGUAUGAAGUCACGCGUAUGUGCCGAGGAAAAAGUCGAAGAGAGCUAGCUAUUAAAUAAACUAAAAAUGGAAGAAAGGAAGCGAGAGAGGGAGAGAUAAGUAAAUAAAAGAACGAAUGAGAUUCUGUCCGUUAGGAAGAAUAGAGAGCAAGAUCGAGAAUGAAUGAGUGUGAAAACGAAUGAGAGCUGAAUGUGCACUUGUACAUAGAGCAUAAAACGUAGCCUAACCCCUGCGAAAAUAUCGAAACAACGGUACUUGAAGGAGUACUUACAAAUCGAUGAGCAUAUUUACGCUCGUCACUACUAGACCGGAGAAGGAAACAGAACAAAUUUAUAACGAAGUGUUUUCACGCGAGACGUGGUUGCACACGAGCAAACUAAUAAUCGGAACUACGAGUAAUGUACAACAGAAAUCCUAUUACUGCCAUAAGCGCAGACAAAUACGUAUACGUAGACGCGCUUGGAUGGAAGGAAUUUGAAAGAAUUUCAAUCGUUCCUUCGAAGCAAAGGCUACGUGAAUUUAUCGGCAUUAAGCGUGUGCGCGUAGCUCGCGAUACAUCAUAUAUCACGAAAUAUCGACGAUAAACGGUCGAUCUCGAUGUUCCUUCUUGACAGAACAUGCAUAAAGAUGCGACUGGUUCGCGAUCCUGUGGGUCAGUCUCUUCUGUUUCGCCACUGCUCCGAAAUCUUUGCGGACGAGGAUGAAAAAAGGAACGGGCGGAUCCUUGGUUCACAUAGAGCGAUUUAUAAAUUAUUUGUAUCGUCGUUUUAUCCUACAGUAAUCUUAUUGUAACGUUUAGACGCGCGUGAUUGAGACGAUGGUCGCGCAAGUCGAGGAAGAAUGAACGGAACGAGGGUAAAAGAAGUUAUGCAUGCGUGAAAGAAGUUCGGUAUGUAAAACGAGAUUAUAUGUAUAUUAAUAUCGAGACGAAAAAGAAAAAAAGAAAGAAACACAAAAACGAAAAGACGAAGAGAUAACGCGAGCAAAUAUUAGAGAAAGUGUGUUUUGCAACAAUUCAUUAGAAAAAAAAUGUGUAGUAUCGUUUUAAGGGAUUUAGGCGGUUUGAAGUAUUUUUAGAUUUAUAGGCCACGGUCGCGCUCAACGCGUACGUCUUCUUUGGACGUCGCUCUUAUUGUUACGACGACGAUGAUGACGAUCGCCGCGUAUAUACGGACGAUCUUUUAGCAUUGUCUCCGGAACGAUUCUUCGAAGACGUUCGCAUCGAUGUCGCGACUUAAAUUAUACAACGUACACUAAAGAGGAUGACAAAAAAGGAAAGAUAAAAAAAUUAAAAAAGAAAAAAGAAAGAGAGAGAGAGGCAAAUGUGUGAGUGAACGCGUAUAUGAACGAGCGAUUGAUUCUAAGUCGUGACUCUCGAUACUAUGUUUUCCCGCCACUCUCUCGUGUCGAGAGGCGAAUAUUUCUUUGGAGUUCAAAGAUCGAUGGAGCAGAAUAAUAAACGACCUGUUUUGAGAGCAAAUUGACAGUUAUCUCUAUUAUCGUUUUAUUGUCGCGAAAUUGUAAUAAAAAUAAGAUACUUAGGUUCUUACUAUUCCAGUACUUUUUCAUUUCAAUCGUUUUGAAAUUAAUCACACUCUACGAAUGCAAUUCUCAUUUUUAAACGAACUCGUUGCUCGACGAAAACAUCGUUCGAUCUAUAACUAUCAAGCAUCUUAUUCUUUUUACAAUUUUCUAAUAAAUAGGAAUUUAUCCUCUUUGAUCUAAAGCACUUUGGAAAAACAUCAUUGUUAAAGUUACUCGAUACUCAAAUUCCUUUCUCGAUACUUUGUCUGCAUAUUGGGUCAUUCUCGUAAGUCAUAAGCAAUGCAUGUUUUCCUCGGUAAGAAUCCGUGUAAUAUACGUUUGGAAACUUUUAUUAUCCAAAUUGCAGUCGAAGGAUUCAAGAGAAAAAUGAUACAAUUGACGAAGUCUUUAAAUUGAUGAAACGUUCGAUCGCGUCACAUUGUCAUAAAGUUUUGCAAAUUCGCAACAAAAUCCUAUAAAUUGUAAAAUUAUAAAAUAUAAGAUAUAAAAAGAAUGCAUCGAGGAGACAGGAACACUGGAUAAUGUUCGGUAUAAAUUGCAUCCAUGUUAAAGAAGAAACAGUUGCAUCAAAUUAUGUAUCAGCUUACAAUGAGACAAAAAGUACAAACUUGCUCGACUUUAGUUUUCUGAAAGGGAAUAAUUAGCGAACAAACUUGUACUACCAGAACCAUUUCAUCAUAAUUAUCGCAGCUGUUUUAUUUCUGGGAUAAACAAAAUUCUACCAUAUGUAUGUGUAUCUAGGUAUUACUCUUAAUUUUUUACAACUAGUAAUUAGUCGAGCUAAUAUGUUUUUUAUUCGGCUACUAGUACAACUUUACGAAAUUGACGUCGUAACAAAUUCUAUUAUAUCAAACUCAGAUCUCAGAAGAACCGCGUUACUUAUGACCUGAUAUUGUCUUCCUUAUGACAUUAUAUUCUGUUUAUAUCAUUAAUGUCGAUAUCACGGUUCGAUAAAUCAUAGAAAUUUAUAAUUAAAUAUAAAGUAAUCAGAUAUUUUUGAAGUCAAUCGUAUCAAACUGAUCGUCUCGAUUUAUAUAAUUUAAAAAAAAGACAUUCAGCCCAGUUUGCGGAACUUUAUCAGAAAUAGUAGAAAAUUCGUAUAUUCAUGGUUUGAACAAUAAGAAGCACGAUACCGAUCGAACAGAUUCUGGCGACCUGAAGAAGGAAGAAUCAUCGUUCCUCUAUCUUUACUCCAAAGUUUUCCUCCUAUUGUUUCGUACGCGACUCGAAAGCGCGAUGAGGAUCGCCCCGUACUUUCCGGAUCUGGGCUCGAUUGUCAUUCAGUUCGCGUUCUCGGAUUACGAAACAGUGGCGGGAAGAAAAGUGUCGGUUAAAAGCUUGGCCAGGACGAGGAAUUGUUGCUAUAUAUUCUGUAUUUAUUUUCGUCGCCAUUUCGAUAAGACAUCGCGGUGAGGACCGAUAAAAUUCGCGUGGACGAUAGAUCUGUCGACGAAGAGAGAGAGAGAAAGAAAAUUCUUUUGCGAUCGUCGUUUCACGCGAAGAAGAUUCUCUCUGCUUCGUCCCGUUUCCUCGAACCGAGCCGAAUCGAACGUUCGUCUCCGAUCGUUUGCUGGUCUCUCGUCAUCGAUGUUGCGGCGGCUGUUGAGACUAAAGGUGGUGAGUAGCUCUGCCGCGGUAUACUUAGCGCGAUCACGCGGAUCCACGUGAGCGUAGCGUUCGAUUUAACGUGCGACGUCGACACGAGCACAAAAUGUGUUGUCGCGUAUUCUACCGAUUAUUAUUGUAAGACACCAUGCACACCAACGACGCUAUUUCGUUGUGAUUUUGUUGAUAGUGACGCUGUGUGAUUCCGUAUCCCGUAGUUUUAGAUUGUUGAUGAUGCAUCGGAAAUUGGUAUUAGAGAUUGUUGAAGCAUCGGAAAAUGGUACUAAAAAAUUAAUUGUGGAUCGAUAAAGGUGUCUCGAGAAAGAUAGUACAACUAUAGCCAAUUGUAUAACUAAAUUCUAUAUAUAAACGAGAAAUAAAGCUCUUCCGUUCGAAUUGUCAGCUUUAAAGAAAAAUAAAAUAGAAAAGCGCCACUGGUGCGAAAUUCCAACGAUAUUGUGUCAUGCGUCUGUACAGAUCUAAAGAUAAUUAAUGUGACAGAAAAGAAGCGGCGAAGUACGAGUACAAGUGCGAUCAAGUUCGGAUUCCUACAAUGCGAGGAAUUCUCGUGGUCGAGCAUCGAAUUACUGUAUUCUAGGCUGCGUAAGAAAAAUCAGCUACUGCAUGAGGCGCGCGAUCUAACUGUACUGUUCAUCGAUUUAGAUCGCGACAGCGUAUUUGUAAAAGUGUCGAGUGUCCGACAAGAAAUUUGGUAGGGUGUUUAGUGAGAGACAAAGUUGUUUUUCUUGGUUAAUUGUGAAUGAAUCGAUCGAUACGAAGGAGCGAGUAGAAUUGAAAGAUCGUCGAAGACAGCGAAUCGAUUAUAUCGGCGGAGCCUGAACCGCUUUCACGAUUUUUUGUCACGACUUUUUUUAUAUUCACAAACUGGUUAAUGUUGUUGAGAUGUGUACACGUUAAAGGUGCAAAAUAAAAGUCAUCGUAAAU